GCAGGCUGUGUGGGGAGACUGUGUGGGGAGGCUCCGGCAUAACUAAACAGCAGGAGAGUGGCGCGACACACAGCACAGCUAGGUCCAAGAUCCACUGGAACACUCAGGCUUUCUCUGGGCUCACAUUGGAACGUUUAGGGAACGGGACUUUUGGAACUUAAGGACAUAGGACAUUCGGAACUUAAGGACAUUCGGAACUUAAGGACAUUCGGAACUUAAGGACAUUUGGAACAUACACAUAGGACAUUUGGAAGUAUAACUACAAGCAGGACCCAGUAGCAAGGACACGAAGACUCAGUGUUUACAUAGCGACCAUCUCCAUCACCAACCUGCAGUUGAACAUCAGCACUGAGACACACAUCACCACGGCCCCGGUUCAAAUCCUGCUCAGGCCACGUUGAUUCCACAUACCGUGGCCCUUAGUUCUAGCAUGAGCUAUUUCUUGCCCGGAUGGCCCCGUAAGGUCUUGCUAUGCCUGUUGUGCUGGGCCAUCUGUGGCCCCAGCUUGGCCAAGGAGUUUGACGUGUCCACCAACCACUGGCUUGUUGAGUUGACCCACGAUGCCGGGCCGGAGGUGGCCCGCAGGGUGGCCCGGGACACUGGAUUCACCUACGUGGGCCCGGUCCUUGGGUCAGCCAGUGAGUUCCAUUUCAUCCAUCACGGAGUACCACACGCCAGGACCAAGCGAAGUAUACCACACACACGACAGCUGCGUGUGCAUCCUAAGGUACGCUCAGCCUUCCAGCAGUCGGGCUACGUGAGGGUCAAGCGAGGCUACAAGGACGCCGAGAAAGUUCUGACCACCAACAAGCAGCACAUCAGUCUCAAGGCCAAACCUCAGCUGCCCAAUGAUCCGGACUUUGACAAGCAGUGGUACUUGAGAAACACAGGACAGUCUGGGGGAGUAAAGGGACUUGACCUCAAUGUCAUGGCCGCUUGGGCGAUGGGGUACUCGGGUGCCGGGGUGACCACAGCUAUCAUGGACGAUGGAAUCGACUACUUGCACGAGGAUUUAAAGUAUAAUUAUGACGCUGAUGCCAGCUAUGACUUCAGCAGCAACGAUCCCUACCCGUACCCUCGUUACACAGACACGUGGUUCAAUAGCCACGGUACCAGAUGUGCAGGUGAGGUGUCGGCAGCUAAAGACAACGGGGUGUGUGGAGUGGGCGUGGCAUAUGGCUCCAAAGUAGCAGGGCUACGCAUGUUGGACCAGCCAUUCAUGACAGACCUGAUCGAGGCCAACGCUAUGGGCCACAUGCCCAACGUCAUCGACAUCUACAGCGCCUCCUGGGGACCCACGGACGAUGGGAAAACUGUGGACGGUCCGAGAAACCUGACCAUGAGAGCCAUCGUUAACGGCGUCAAUAACGGCCGCAAUGGACUGGGCAACGUGUACGUGUGGGCGUCUGGUGACGGCGGGCCAAACGACGACUGCAACUGUGACGGCUACGCUGCCAGCAUGUGGACCAUCAGCAUCAACUCGGCCACCAACGACGGUCAGACGGCCGGAUAUGACGAGUCAUGCUCUUCGACCUUGGCCUCGACCUUCAGCAACGGCAAGAGCAACGCUCGUGACGCGCCUCUCAGCGCCACCACGGACCUCUACAACAACUGUACAGCCAGCCAUUCCGGUACAUCAGCGGCAGCACCCGAGGCCGCAGGGGUGUUCGCUCUUGCUCUGGAGGCAAACCGUAACCUGACCUGGCGCGACAUGCAACACCUGACAGUACUCACCUCCAAACGCAACAGCCUCUACGACUCUAACGGCAUCCACCACUGGAAGCUGAACGGCGCCCACCUGCUCUUCAACCACCUGUUUGGCUAUGGUGUUUUGGACGCUGCCAGCAUGGUAGACCUGGCCAGUCAAUGGCGUGGCUUGCCAGAAAGGUUUCAUUGUAAGGCCGGCUCGGUCAGUGCUGAAAAGCCGUUCUCCUUUGGCAAGCCACUGCGCAUGAGCAUAGAAUCUGACGGCUGCUUCGGUACGGAGAAUGAGGUCAACUACUUGGAGCACGUGCAAGCAUUUAUCACCUUGAGGUCCACCUACAGGGGGUGUGUCACCAUGUACCUGACAUCCCCCAUGGGAACCACCUCCAUGAUCCUGAGCCAGCGUCCCAACGACGACGACGACAAGAACGGCUUCACCCGCUGGCCCUUCAUGACGACCCACACCUGGGCCGAGCUGUCCCGCGGUGCGUGGACCCUGGACAUCGUCAUGGAGCCCAUCAUGGGGGUCAAGACCAACAUCGAGACGGGGUUCUUCAAGGAGUGGACGCUGGUCUUACAUGGGACCAAAACAGCGCCCUACGCCAACCAGCCUGCAGACAAAGAGCGUCAUGAGAAGCUGUACCUUGUACGACGUGCCCACGAGAGCGGCGUCAUCCAGGAGUAGCGUCGGGCGGCGCUGGGCGGUCCCCCAGGGGUCAGCCGCCCCUCCUCUGCGAGAACAACCUUGUUCAGCCCGACCUGGGACUGUUUGUUUUGGAGGAGUUCGUCCCCUUGUCUGCUUCGUCGCGGUGGCAUACUUUAGUAUUAGACAUGUUUCAGAUUUCAUCCAGUCCUUCUGUUCUUGUUCCCGUGUUAUACAACUAAAAGAUUCCAAAUUUAGUGCAUUUUGUUGCUUUGAGUUUUGUCUUAGAACUGUUUUGUAUUUUUUAUUGCAAAUAAUGUUUGGUGACUGAUGAUUUGCGUCCUUUUUGUGACGGCGUACAAUUAUGAUUUGAUUACAGAAGCCCUUCUACACCUAGCACAAAUUGUUUUAAAACCUCGCAAUGUGCUAUGAAUUGGUGAAGUCACACAAUGAAACCGCUUGUAGCACCCUGUACAGUCGGCACUGACUCGGUAACUCGGGAGUAAAAAGAGAAAUAACUCCAUUUCAUUGGCCAUCCCGUAUCAAAACCUUAGAAACAAAGCACCCACAUUUACAUACAAACUUGUGAUUUUUAGUCAUUUUUGUUAUUAAUCGCGUGUUGUUUUGUUAUUAUAAGUUUGUAUUAGCGUUAUAUUUUUGUUUGCUCUAUUGAAAAGUGAUUUAUUGUUGUAAAUAUUCAUGUUGCAAACUCCUAAAACACUAUUGUUGUGAUCUACAGUUGACAUAAGAAUUAAUUAGAGACGUAUUUUGCAAUAUUAAACUCGUAUAUUCAAGUGCAUCAAUUGAAAACUAAUCAAAUGAAAAGGACACUUUUACACCAAAUCACGAAGUCAUCAUUAAUUAUCAGAUCAUUAACAAGUUAUCUUAGCUAGGCUGAGACGACUUGUAACUCUAGCCCACCCCACCCCAGCUGGCAAUGGUCAAGGUCAGCCGUUGUUCAUGCUAUGAAGUGACGUCUACACCCCACGGGGAGAAACAAACACACCGCCCCACCUCUUGAUGCCUGCAGCCGUACAGAAGCUGCAUCCAUGUCCUCAGUUGACCUUACCGAAGCUAGCUGUGGAUAUCUUAGAAAACAUUUCUUAGUUUAAUUUCUAGGAAUUCUAAAGACUGUCUGUGAUAAUUGUUUCCUAGAAUCGUCUGUGAGUCCAUGUUUUUAUUAUUCCAAAACUCAGAGAUCAGACCCAUCGGUGACGUCAUUCAAUAGUUCCGACGUUAGUGUCCCCAUUGCACAAUAAACUUAUUUUAUUAGUAACCAGU